AUCUCUGCAUUUCCUCACAUCAAAAACUAUCACACAAUAAUAAUUACCAAAAUAUACCAUUUCAUCAUGAGUCCUUUAUCUGCUUCUCUUGUUACACUUCUACUUUCCAUCAUUACCAUCACCCAUGCAACCACCAUCACCGUAGUCAACAACUGUGACUACACCGUGUGGGCUGCUGCCGAUCCAGGAGGCGGCCAGCAACUCGCUAAAGGAAACACCUGGGACGUAAACCCUGCACCCGGAACCAAAAUGGCACGUAUCUGGGGCCGAACUGGGUGCAACUUUGAUGGCAAUGGCAACGGCAAUUGCCAAACUGGAGGCUGUGGAAAACUAGUGUGUGAUCCGGGCAAUUGGGGUACUAUCCCAAAGACUCUGUUUGAGUAUGCUCUAGCACAACCCAAUAAUCCAACUGACACCAUCGAUAUCUCCCUUAUCGAAGGCUUCAAUAUCCCUAUCUCUUUCACUCCCACUUCCAACUCCGGCGCACUUGAUGGGAAGUGUCGUACAAUUAGUUGCACGGCUGAUAUUAACGGGCAGUGCCCUCAGAACUGGAAGGUUCCGGGUGGAUGUAACAGUCCUUGCACGACACAAGGGAUCGGAACGUGUGGUGCUAAUGGUGACUCUACAUUUUACAAGCAAAGGUGCCCUGAUGCUUACAGUUUCCCUGAAGAUGAUCAAAGCAGCACUUUCGCUUGUCCUUCUGGAACUAAUUACAGGCUCACUUUCUGCCCUUGAACAUUGAUGAACAAUUAACAAGGGUGUCAUAAUAAAUUGAUCCUUGCUUUUAUUAUUACUUAUACAUGUGAUACUUCAUACGCUACAUGACAUGUUGAAUUAAAGUUAUAGAUUGAUGGAAAUUCAACUAUAUGUGUAAUUAGCUAGAGCUAUUCUUAUAAGUUCAGCUCUAGAAUUCUGUAUUUUCAGCUGAAAAUAACGAUCAUAAUAAUAAUAUCCAAUGUUGUGUUUAUUUA